UUUUCAAAAUAGAAAAUGUUUUAUGACUUAAAUUUACCUUAUCCUACGCAGCCAAAUCUGGCACAACAACAAACUGAACUUCGUAAAAGAGUAGAUUUGCUCAUAAAAUUCGGAUAUCAGGUUGUUGCAUAUAAUCAUACAGUAACCGGAAAAUUAGAUAAAGCAAACCCAAUUCAUAAAUUUGAAACUUACAAUAAUUCACCCGAUUCACCUUCAGGUCAACAACAAAAAAUCGAGCAAUUGUCGCGUAUUACAGUUGUAAUAGAAGAUGCAAGUCAGAAUUAUGGAUUGUCAUCUGCAAAUAGCAUAAUUUCAUCUUAUGAUAUAGUUGCGGCUCAACCAACAAAUGAAAAAAUAUUUCAAAAUGUAUGUGGAACAUUAGAAGUAGAUAUUGUAUCACUUGAAAUGGGAUCACGUUUACCAUUUUAUAUAAAACAUGGUCCUGUUGGAUUAGCGAUUGAACGUGGAGUGUAUUUUGAAAUUUGUUACGCUCCUGCAAUAAGAGAUUCCGCAUCACGUCGACAACUUAUAUCCAACGCGCAGAGUUUGGUUAGAGUAACACGUGGAAAAAAUAUAAUAAUUACUAGUGAAGCACAAAGAGCAAUGGAAUUACGUGGUCCAUAUGAUAUUGUUAACUUAGGUACGAUAAUGGGAAUGAAUCAAGCAAUGGCAAAAGAUUGUAUAUCGACAAAUUGUCGUGCUGUAGUUAUGCAUGCAAUAACACGUCGAAAUACACAUCGUGCAGUUGUAUCCUUUGAACCUGUUUCUUCAUUGAAACCAAAUGAAUUAUGGAAGGUUGGAAGUGAUAAGAAAAAUACUGGAAAAACUGAUUUUAAAGGAAAAUCAACAGUAAAACGAGUACGUUUAAGCAAAGAUGACGAGGAAGAGGAGGAGGAGGAAAAUGAAGUCGAAAUAUCGCAAGAUAUGGAAUUAUCGUAAUAGAAUUUUUUAAAGUUUUUAAAAAUUGAUUAAUCAUUAUAAAUGCUUUGUUUUUUACUUAUUUUUUGAAUAUUAAGUAAUAUGUUCAAAUAAUAAAUUAGUGAUAAUGGAAAUACAGUAAAUUCUACUUCAACUUGAUUAUAUUAGAUUGAUGAGAAUUAACAUUCCAGAUUUCCAGUUAAUCAAAGAAUCUGUU